CAAGCAACCCACCUGCCACCAGUGCAGCUUCAUGUACGGCUACCAGCUAGCUAUCCCUUCCAUCAAGCACCUGUGGUGGAACAAAUCACAGCCGUUUGGCUCGCGCAGCCAUCAAGUGGCUCGAGCAUAGAGAGCGAUCCGAUUUGCAGAUGGCUAAGUAGUGAGCUGGCAGCCAUGUGGGAGGAGAGCCGCGCGGAGGUCUUGUAUGCGUGGUCGGAGUGGCUUAGAGAAGGUCUAUGGAGCUCGGAAGACCUCGGCCCGUUCAAGGACGAUCAAGCCGACCUAUUGUUUACGGAGCACCUGGAGCCCGACCAGCAUCUUCGGCUCGCAUCCGUCCUAGUCUCCCAUAACACAAGAGCGGCCGAGACCGCCUUUGAAGGCGAACGCUACGCUUGUGGCAUAUGUUUGGAGGAGAGACCAGGAGUUAAAUGCUUCAGACUAAGGCAUUGCGAGCACGUCUUCUGCAAGGAGUGUUUGCGGGACUAUCUCGGAAGCAUGAUCGAGGAAGGCUAUCACAGGCAAGCCGGCAGCUGUCCAGACCCGGAGUGCACCCAGGCUAGAUCAUCGGUAGGUAGCAUUACGGAUGCAGAGCUGCUACUGUUGGUCGGCGAGAAGCAGCUAGGAAGGCUGAGCUGGUUGAGGCAGAAGGCUACAGCUGAAGCGGAUCCGACUGCAGCCCACUGCCCCAGACAAGGUUGCCAGGCCAUCGUCGUCAAGAACAAAGCGGACGAGGGGACUGCUUAUGAGACAAUGAGAGAGUGUCAUGCGUGCGGAUUCUGCUGGUGUGCUUGGUGCAACAGGACCUGGCAUGGAAGAGCUCCUUGUCAACUGAGCACCAGCGUCGCUCUGAUUGAGGAGUACAUGUCGUACGAAGCUGGCUCCGAAGGCGCAACCAAGAUGGAGCUUCGGUACGGUCGUUCCAACCUGCAACGGCUGGUCAAAGAAGAGACAGAGCGACGCGCUAACGAAGCCUGGUUGGACUCCAACGCCAAAAAGUGCCCAACUUGUCACGUUCGCAUCGAGCUGUCGUUCGGUUGCAACCACAUGACUUGCGGCAAUUGCAGGACGCACUUCUGCUUCAGAUGCUCCGAGAGGCUGAACCCGCUCGAGCCUUAUCGACAUUUCAACACCCCUGGAAAGGACUGCUACCAGAAACUGUUUCCUUUU